AGUCGAAGCUCUCUCAAGCUUCAAUUGAUUAAGUAGUGUGUUUGCAAAGAAGGUAGGGAAAUGGCUUCCUCCGUGCUCUCAUCGGCAGCUGUUGCCACCGUGAGCCGUGCCACCCCGGCUCAGGCCAGCAUGGUGGCACCUUUCAGCGGACUCAAGUCAGCARCUGCCUUCCCUGUGACCCGCAAGGCCAACAACGACAUCAGCUCCCUCCCCAGCAACGGUGGCAGAGUUCAGUGCAUGCAGGUGUGGCCACCACUCGGAAAGAAGAAGUUCGAGACCCURUCUUACCUCCCACCACUCUCUCCUGAAUCAUUGGCAAAGGAAGUUGACUACCUCCUGCGCAUGGGAUGGAUUCCUUGCUUGGAGUUCGAGUUGGAGCAUGGGUUCGUGUACCGUGAGAACAACAGAUCCCCUGGGUACUACGACGGGCGCUACUGGACCAUGUGGAAGCUGCCCAUGUUCGGCUGCACUGACUCGUCUCAGGUUUUGGCAGAGCUGGAAGAGGCCAAGAAAGCCUACCCCAACGCCUUCAUCCGGAUCAUCGGUUUCGACAACAAGCGCCAAGUGCAGUGCAUCAGUUUCAUUGCCUACAAGCCUCCUAGCUUCUAAACUUUUAAGGGUCAGCCUUGGGUUGGGUGUCCUGAGAACCCUGCCUCUUCCUCUUUCAAUGGAAUUUCUCUAUGUUUAUUUGUCGACUCUACUACACAUAAUUAUAUAGGAGACAGUGUGGGCGAAAUGUACAUUGAAGAGCAAUACAUAGAAUGAGCAACUACUGUCCUCUUUUUGCAAAACUAAAGUUUCUUGAAUCUA